AGUGUGGCGGCCGUGACUUGGUGGCCUGGCCGGGAUGUGCUUGAAGGCCAGCCUCCUGUGUAUAUAAGCUUUGCAUUGAGUAAUAGAAAAGUGAGGUGAGGAGAAACAAUGUAGCCAUUCGUGGUAGCCAAGGGAAGUGACUGGGCAAAGCUAUCGUGUCUUCUCCUUGGUUUAUGUGUGCGUGUGCGUGUUUCUCGGUUCCUUCCCUGGUGUGUGUGAGUCCAUGUGAUCUUGAGAGAAGAUAGAAAGGAGAGAGAGAGAGAGAGUUGUGCGAGGCAGCGCAAGGUAGAAGAAGAGCGGCGCUGCGAGAGGCGGCGCCAACAUUUGGCAUCAGAGCCUUGUCGAUCCGAGGCGGUGGCAGCGCCAUGGCAGACUCCAUGUGAGGUGGAGGACGCCGGCGCGAGGUGAUGGCCGGCGGCAGCGCAAAGCCGCCGGUGGGCCAUUGCGGUGCGAUACCGCAAGGUGAAGAUGGUGCGGUGAUCGACGUCGCGAGGACGUCAUCCCUGACAAGAUGGUGACAGGCCAGCGCUGCGACGACGUCGGCGACGGCGGUGCCUGCGGCUAUGGUGGCCGGCGUGACGGUGGUGAAGGCUACGGCCGUGGUGACGGGCACAUGGCGGACUUCAUGCGAGAUGGAGGACGGUGGCACGACACGGAGGUGUUUGGCGGUGUGAUGCCGCACGAGCAUAUGGUUGCGGUGCGAUGCCGCUAGAUGGAGAUGGCGGCGCGAAGCUGCCACAAGAAGACAACGGUGUGAUGCCGUUGGGAGGUACGGCGGCGCGAUGUCGUCAUGAGGAUCGGCGUCAAGCUCGUCGACGGUGCUGUCUAGGGUGGUGUGAUGUCAUCAGCAAGAUGGGCAGAUGUGACGACGUGGUGACCGGCGCCACGAAGGUGUCGUCCACGUCAAGAGGUUGCUGCUGCGUGCGGCAAGAUGUUAUGGUAAUCGGCAACACGAUGGUGUCGUCCACGACAUGAUGGAGCGUUGCGGCGCUGCAAUAGCGUCGAGAAGAAGCUGCGGGUGAUCUGCGUCGAAGACUGACAUCAAGAUUAGGGGGUGAAUGUUAGAACUAAUCUUGGUGUUUUGUAUCAUAUGUUUAAGUUUGAGUUUUGCAUGUAGUUUAGGUGAUAGAGUAACUUGCCGUGUGGUUGGUACGUACGUAGUUUUGGUUCAGCAGGGUGCAAAGGCGAGAUGUCGAAGAAGGUCGUGCGAUGCGACAAAGACGAUGAGAUGCCGAGUACCGCGAGACGCGGUACAGCCGUGUGAGACGGCGCUGCAGAAACAAUUGAAGCCAAGUGAUCUGGGUGGCUAUGAGUAUACAAGUUGGAGUAGAUACCGAGCAUUUUAUAGCACCCCUGACGCUGAUAGAGAUUAUCUCCAAUUCUGGGAAACAAUUGUGAAGGAAAUUAAAUGGCUUGAACAGUAUAUGCUGACAAACGAGUCGUCUAUUGAGUGGGCGCGUGUACAUUCAAAGGCUACAUUCCAAGCAUGUAGGAUCGCAUCUGGGUUUCAAAACAUGACUCUGGAACUAGCAGCUGUUGGUUUGCAUGAGUAUAUAUGGGAUGCACGCAUAAAUCUCAUGUUUAUGAAAGAUCGUGAUGGUAUCUUCUAUGAGAUUUGGAGGCGGGUCAAUGAUAAUCAUCUGCUGAGUUUCAGAGAUGCUCUCGAGCAAGUUUAUGGUGAAAACUUGUAUUCAGCACACGACCGCAGUAUGAAGUAUGAGCUGAAUUACGGCGAUUCCAACAUGGAGCGUGUUUUUGCUCGGUGCACAAAAGGCAUUAGUGACAGUGUUCCAGAAUAUAAAGCCCGUGAGCUGAUUGCACAGGAGAUCCAUUGGACGAGUUUGUCGUCUGGAACAUAUGCGCGGUACGCCAGGAAGAAGCUGAAGGUUGCAGAACUGAUCGGAUUAAUUCCGAAGGACAAGAUAGGAGCUGUGUAGUUGCGUUUGUUAAGAUAGCAGCUGUGUACUUGUGUUGGUAAUGACUUGGCACUGGUUCCAUAAAGAUUCCAGUCUGCAUUAUUCCUAGCAACGCCUGUUGGUAAUGUCUUGGAGCCGGUAUUGAAAAAAAUCAAUCAACAAUUGACUAGAUGUUGCUUUUGUAUGGAAAAAAUUCAUCUUGAAUUGAUACCGGCGAUGCAGUGAGACAAGAUCGCCUCGAUGGUCACCGCCAGCUCGCCGCUGGUUCUCGACAAAAGAAUGCAAACAUAGAUCAGUAAUAGAAGGUAAUAAAGGAAAAGAAGGAGGAGAUGAGCAAUGCAGGCAGGGAGUGUAUGAUGCACGCACGCAGAAGCACAGGCCGUUGGCCAGAGAGGUGGGGUUGCGGCGUAGACGCGGGGCCGCCGCCGUCAAGAUUCACAAACGAAAGAAUAACAGAGGAGACACGAGGAGGAAUAGAGGA